ACAACAGAAACAACAAGGAUGAUCGUGGCGACUCACAAGUGCGGCUGCCCUGUACCCUCAUCGAUCGCUGAACCAGUUGAAUUAGGAGCACCCUGUUCACCCUGCUGUCCGCGUCCACUCAGCACACAGUAUCCAAAAGUACAACCAGCUGUCUCAACUCGCGAAUCACAGAAGAUCAUCAGCGAGCGACGUCCGAGGGGCAAUGGCGAGUCAAAGUCGAGAGGAAUCAGAGUGUCAAACGCGAAGGAGACUGGAAGCGACAGAAUCGUGUCGGAGAUCGUGAGGAAGAGACAACCGUACAAGGAGAUCGAAGCUGUCAUCAAUGACAAUCGCGUGAUCGUCAGGAUGCACAAGGAGCCGAUGAGACAAGAGUACGAUCCCCCGUGCGAGUGCAUCGGUCAGCGCGCGGAUGAAGAAUCGACGUUAAGCUUGAAGAAGUGCGACGACGGUGUCGCGUUCGACAUGGCCGAGGGUAGUUUGGAGCUCCAUCGCGUUCCACGAGGAGCCACAUCAUCGACAGAGAAGAUCUGCGAGGAGACUGGAUGUCGCACGGUGACGCUGUAUCCUCAGGCGGAUGCGAAAGAUGGCGACGAUCCUGCAGCGAGAAACGACAGAUCGAGGGAGAAACGGCCGCUCGAUCUUGAAAAGAAUCCAAAUAUAUUCGUGUUGAGGAUCAGAAAGUACGGCGAUAACAGCGAUAAGAAGCAGAAGAUCGAUCUUGAGUUCCGGGCACCGCGACCUUGGCUGCCGCGGGAGGAUAAGAAGCUUCGUAAAGAUUUGGAGAAACCGGAGGAAUUGGAGAAGCACGGGAAAUUGGAGGCACAUGAAGGAUUAGAGGAACACGAAAUGUUAGAAAAAUAUGAACUUAGAUACUUAUGAGGAGAAUGACAAGGAGGAAUCAAUUUGGGAUAACACGAUGUAAAAUCGUUUUCUCUCAAUAUCUUUUAUAUUUAAUCUCAUUUAUCAUUCUGUCAUCUGCGUAUAUAAUGAUAUCACACUAAUAUAUUUCUGAAUAAAAUCGAUGAUAAGUAAAAGCAUGAAAAAGAAAAGUAACAACGAGAUUAAAAAGAUAAAAAUCAAGUAUGUAAAACUGUUCUACUAAUUUCGAUUCCAAUUAUGGCAAUUGCAAUAAUAAAUUAAUAAUAUUUUUUAUAUUACUGCACAGGAACUUGCGACUGAGAUCUCGCGCAAAUUAGAGUGAGAUAAUAAUUUUCUAUUUCCAUUGCCUGCGUGAGAGAUACAAAACGGACAAUGGCUGCAUCAUCAUUUUCCACAUGGACUCCAGGAAGGAGUAUAAUAAGAUCCAUUAUAUUCUCACGAGAGCGAUCUCUCUUAGACUUCCAGCGAGGUGCAGAUAAUUAUUAAUGCGCGUCGAAUUGAAUUUCCGGAACGUGCUAGAAUAAGGAACUGAGAAUCCAGUAGUCAGCGGCUGUGCUGGAUUCUUCGAUGCGUGUACUGAAUUCGUCUUGGAACAGGUAUAUCGACGCAGAAUAGGAGGGACGUGUAAGUUUGUACGAAACAGCGCGACAGGUGCUGAACGUUACUCUUUUUGAAACGAUCCCCCCACUUGCCCGCUCUCGCAUAAUCUUAAGUAAAUGUAACUUUUUAUCAAUUCCAUUCUUUUUUUUUAAUUCCAUAUGUCCACCGUGUGUUUCGGGAGAUUUCAUAUAAUCGAGUUCAUUAACUAAAUCUUAGAUUUGCAUACGUAAUUAUGAUAUAUUGUCCAGAAUGAAUUUGA